GGAAGAGGACCAAGUUACAGAGAAACCGUUUGUAUCGACAGAACAGCGGCCGUCCGUAACGGUGACGGAGCUGAGAGACGCCUACCUGUGCGGUCUGCGGAGGGGAACCGUGAAACAACAGCUGAUCGUACGCAUCCUCAACAAGUCACACCUGAUGUAUUAUGGGAAACCAGACAGGAACUGUGACUGUCCAUAUAAGGCAGUCUUGGAGGUGUGUGACCGAACAGGAAGUGUGUAUGUGGUGAUGUGGAACAGCAUUUGUGUCACAUGGUAUCGCUGUCUGAAGCCUGGUGACAUCAUCAGUCUGGCGUAUUUCCGGGUAAAGCAGCACUACCAGGCGGAGCCCGAUGAGAUAGAAAUCAGCGUGAACAGCAGAAAUCCUGCCGCUCGCAUCAAUAUUCUCCCAGAAUCCUCAGUGUCACCUGAAUAUGUUCCACCUGUGCCUACAUACAACUUUAUCAACAGUCAGGAGCUCGCUGACCGACCUCAUGGCGAUGUGUGUGAUGUCAUCGGCCUGCUGACAUUCUCAGGACGAUCAGAGCGAAUCAGAAGCAGGGAUGGCUUACAGGCGGAGCUUCUGGAGUAUCGCUGGCUACGAUUGGAGGAUGGGGCAAGCGAUCGGCCAAUCAUGGUGAAACUUUUUUCAACGUCUCAACCGGUAUCGCACAGGAAGCUCCAUCCACUGUCCGUGGUCGUUUGUAGCAGAGUGAAGGUGGUCAGAGCUGCAGACCGCUCAGAGAGCGCCCUCUACCUGACCAACACCACAUACACACAGGUGUACUGCACAGGACUCGGCCACCAUUCAGAGAUGACUUACCGUAAGCUCCGCCCAGUUCGACAGUUCCUCCAGUGGCUGAAGACCCAGGAUGACGGACAGGUGCUGGACAGGGCUCUGAUUGGAGGAUGUUUGAUGUACCCGCCCCCUCCUGUCUCCUUGGAAACGUACAUGAAGCACAGAAGAGGUGAGCCGGGUUUCCUGCGAGGGGCGGAGCUACAAAGGGAAGUGGAGCGGCUCUGUUACCGGGAGCGUCGAACCUUCUGUAUCCAGGCAGCUGUUGCCAUGGUUACCCACUGCCGUAGAGGAGAGGAGGACCGCUGUUUGUUCUGGACCGACAGAGCUUCGUCUCUCCCCCCCUCCUCCCCGCGUCCCUCCAGGCCGUCCCCUCACCCGUCUGCCUCCCCCUCCUCCGUCUCCUCCUCUUCCUCCCCUCUCCUUCCUCUCCUCUCCACUCCUCUCUCCUUCGGACGUCCUCUCUCCUCCUCUUCCUCCUUCUCUCCAACGUCUCCCUCGUCAUCCGUCACCCCGCUGACACCCCGCCUUCAAGAGGCCCGAUCCAGGAAGUGGAGGAAGAGGAAGCAGCUGCUGCAGACGGACACUCCGAAGAAAAGACAUCCGUGGGUCACUCUUCAACCUGAACCCAACCAUAAGACGGUGAUCCUGUUUGAAGCCUCCAUGGAGUUCCUGGAGAACACGAAUGCUGAUGAAGGCGAGGAAGAGGAGGAAGAUGAGGACGCCUCCUCCUACACCACCGCCCCCCUACUCCCCACAUUCCCACAGGUUUCCGAGGAGACGCUGCCGAUGCGUUUUGACCAUGCCCGUAAGGAGGAGCAGGCGGCUGUGGUGGCGCUGGGCGGCGAGGCGACAGCUGCAGCGGGGUUUGAGCUCGCUGUUAGAGAUUACUACACUCUGAGACUGAAAGCUCUGUCUGACGGCGUGCUGGUAGACGCCAUCUUCCUCCCUCACUCCUCCUCCUCCCCUCUCUCUCCUCCCCUCCACCGUCACUCCAACACCUGGAACUCCAUCCUGUCACACGGAGCCUUCUCCUCGCACUCACCGCCGCCGUCACCAGCUGACCUCAUUGCCAUGGCCGGACAGCUGGCCAAUCAGAGGCUGGUGUGUGUCCUGGAGGCGUGUCAUCUUGGCAGUACUAAAACUGAACUGAUCCUGAGCCGAGCCUUCCACCUCACAGGCUGAGGGAGCCCAGAUGCAUGAUGGGAAAGACCACGUUUACACGGAAGAGAUUCACUGAAAGGGGGAUCGAUUUCCCAUUAGCACAAGUAAAUGUAGCUAAUGUAGCUUCAAAGGCUUUAGCAAUACUAGCUUUGUAGCUAUGUUACCUAGGUAGCUUACAGACCCAAGGUAGCUUCAUUAGCUCCAUACCUCUAUUACUUUGAUAACUUACAUAGCUAAGGUAGCUUUAUUAGCUUUAGCUACAUAAGCUCUGUACCUAUAUUACCUAGGUAGCUCAUGGAGCUAAGGUAGCUUCAUUAGCUCCAUACCUCUAUUACUUUGAUAACUUACAUAGCUAAGGUAGCUUUAUUAGCUUUAGCUACAUAAGCUCUGUACCUAUAUUACCUAGGUAGCUCAUGGAGCUAAGGUAGUUUCAUUAGCUUUUCCUACAUAAGCUCUGUAGCUACAUUACCUAGGAAGCUUACGGAUGUAAGGUAGUGUCAUUAGAUUUAGCUACAUUAGCUCUGCAGCUACAUUACCUAGGUAGCUGAUGAAGCCAAGGUAGCUUCAGUUGCUUAAGCUACAUAAACUCCGUAGCUACAUUAGCAAGGUAACUUAUGGAACUAAUGUAGCUUUGUCAGCUUUUGCUUAGUAAUGCUUACUCCGUAGAGAUGUUACCUCCCUGUCUUACGUAGCUAAAACAACUUUGUUAGCUUUCUGCCCAUGACAGGUAGCUUUAUUAGCUUUAGCUAUAUAAGGUCCAUACCUACAUUACCUAGGUAGCUUAUGAAGCUAAGGUGGCAUCAUUAGCUUUGGCUACAUUAGCUCUGUAGCUAUGCUACCAACUGAUGUGGCUUUGUUAGCUUGAGCUUAGUAUACAUACUUCAUAGUGAUGUUUCUACCUAUUUUUUGUAGCAAAUGUAGCUUUGUUAGCUUUCUCCCUUGCUACAUUAGCUUUAAUGAGGCCAAUAUAGCUAAACUAGCUAUGUACACAAAAUUUCUACGUAGGAAAACAAAGUUAUGUUGACUUUUGCAAGCUAACAAAGCUAAAUUGAGCCUUCAUUUGCAUAACUACUUUUAGCUAGCUCUGUUAGCUGUAGCCUUGCCUUCUUAAGCUUGGCUAAAGCUAAUGAAGCUAUGCUCCUUUUAUCGUUAAUGUUACUCUAUAAGCCAAUGUAACUACAUUAGCAUAAGCUAAGUAGGCUAUUUAGCUACAUUAUCUUCGUAGCUUAUGAAGCUAAUAAAACUAACAUAGCUUCUUUAGCUCUGUUUGCUCUGAAGCUGUGUUACCUACUUAGCCCUUGUAACUAAUGUGGGCUCAUUAGCUUUUGUGUUUGUUACGUUAGCUCUGAUGCUCUUACCUUUGUUUCUUAUGUAGCAUAGAUAGCUUUGUUUGCAUUAUCCUUAGCUUCGUUAGCUUUAGCUAAAGCUAAUGUAGCCACACUAGCUACAUUGUUAAGAUUACUAUGAAAGCCAAUGCUUCAGCUUUGCUAAGUUACCUUUGUAGUUAACAUAGCUAACGUAGCUAACAUAGGUUUGUUAGCUUAAGCUUAUCUCUGUUAGCUAUGUAGUUAAAACUGUUAUGAAAGCCAAUGCUAUUUCUUUAGCUUCAGCUUUUGCUAAGUUACCUUUGUAGCUAUCAUAGCUAACAUAGCUCUGUUAGCUUCAGCCUUAGCUACAUUAGCUGGUUAGUGUCUUCGUGGAGGACCAGCUCUCCUUCCUGUUAUCAGACCGCUUACUCGGCUUUAUUUAAUGUUUCAUAAUCGUGGUUUUGGUUCCUGGUCUGGACCCCUUCCCCUCACUCCUGAGUCGGUGUUCAGGCACAGAAACGCCGUCACCAUGGAAACGGCCCAGACACGGCAGAGCUAGCCUAAACAUGGCCGUGUGAAUGGAAAUGCACUUUACCCUGAUGGGAGUUUUGUGUUUAAACGUUUAAAUGUCCCUACAUGAUGAACCCUCUGUUUGAAUCUUUACCAGGGUUCACUGGUGGAUCUUUAGUUCAUAUUUAACUUAAUCACUUUGUGCCUUAAAGCUUGUUCAUUUUAAAUAUAACAAUAAUAUUCUUCACACUUUCUGUGUAUAAAAAUGAAAGAUUUAUGUUUAAUGGGACAGCGUGACAUUUUUAUUGUCCUGAUGAGAGGAAACAACCAGAUUUGGAGUUUUUAUUUAAACCAGAGCAGAAAAAAAGGGUUAAACGGUGCUGAGGUCAGAAUGGGUGUUAGAGGAGUUGUUUAUGUUGUCAGGAUUUUAUUUUUGCACUUCCUGCUUCUGCUACGGAGGCCAUAGGGUGACAUGAACGGGAUUAAUGUUUUAAAGCAUGCAGGAUUUAGUAAACAGGUUCAUGUCCCCUCCUGGUCUCCGUAGUUCUCUCUGUUUUAAAAGCUUCAUGUUUACGUUUUAAAUCCUGUGUGGACAGAAACGUCCCUAAAUAUAUUCAGUAUUUAUGUCCCAGCAGCCUCAGUGAGGGUUUCUGCUGUGUUUUAGAGUUUUUCUCCGUGUAUAUUUUGAUAGAAAUGUUUUUAUUUGUGCUUUAUUGUAAUAAAUCUGCUCAUGUUUCA